GGCGCGUGCAGCGGACUGGAGAAGAAUGAUACAUGCUGAUCAGCAUAUUUAUUCAAAUCACUCGUCAAAUAUUGAUUAUAAAGGUAUACCGGGCUUUAUCUGCAACUGCUAGUUCAGAUAAAUGAUUUAAUGUAAGAAAAAAAUAGCUAAUAAUCAUUCACGAGACGGAAUGUAAUUUGACAGCACGCGCACGCAGCAUCCUGUUGCUCAUCAUCAUGUGUCUGUAACGUUAGAUACAUAACAGCUGGCUUAAAAUAGAUUCAGUUUGAAAAAAUAACAAUAUUUCUCUCGGUUGAAGUGUCACUUUUUAUCCGUCAAUAUGAUGAAAAGCGUGGGAAAGCUUUUUGGGUUGAGGCGAAAAUGCGCGCCCCCGAAGUCUCGCAUUGACAAGAAAAAGACGCGCGUGAACCCCGUUGAUGAAAUGCUCGAAGAUAGCGACGAGGGCUCGUACGGCAGCACGACCAGCGUCAGUUCAGGGAGCGAAUACCAGAACUCCGAAGAGCAGUCCGGUUCCUCCGACAGCUCGUACAGAGCACGCGAGAGUGACGGGGAUGACAGCAGCGACACGGACGAGAAACGCGCCGCGUCGCGCAAACCGAGGAAGAGACCAGCCUGCGCUCCUGUUGCUCUUGACGACAGUUCCAGCGAUUCCAGCGCGUCCUCGAGCGACGUCGGCGGAGAGCCGCUCAGGAGAGCGUUGCAGAGAAAACGGCUCAGACUGCCCGAGGACUCCGAGGACGAGGCUCUGCGGAAGAAGGAGAGAGAGGCAGAGGUGAAAGAAGCUGCUGCCAAGAGAAAAGAGAGAAAGAAUAAACUAAUGGAGCUGUCAAAGAGAAGAAAGUCAGGCAAUCCGCGGCGCAGGCGCAGGACGUUGGGUUCAGAAGAAGAGGAAGAGGAGAAGGAGAUCAAGAAGGAAGAAGUUGAAGAAAGUAAAGCAGACGAAACUCGUGAUGAAUCUAGUGUGGAAGAGAACGGCGGCCUUCUAGACAGCAGCGAGGAGGAAAAACUUGCUGAUAGUAGUGACAGUCUGAAGGAUUUUAUUGUGGAGGAAGAUGAACAGAAAAAUGACAAAGAGCAGGAGGAAGAUGGGAAGGCCAAAGACAAGGACUUUCUCUCUCACCUCCCACGCCAGUUUAUCACAGGAUCGCAGCUCACACACUUUCAGGUGGUGGUCAAAGCCUUGCUGAUCAAUGUACUGGACUCAACUUUCCUCAGUUCACUUUACAGUGGUGAACGAACGAAGCGAUACGCCCAGGAGAUGAAAUCAUCGUUGCUUCAUUUUGAUGAGCGAUUGGUUCUUCCUCGCCUGGAGAACCUGAAGCAAAGGAGCCGCUGGAAAGAACGUUACAAAGAAAGGGUAGAGUGUUAUCCUAAAUUGCGAGUUAUAACGACAAGGAGCCAGACGAAGGGAUGUGAAGCCUGUGAGCUUCACCGAACGGGACGCUUCACCGUACGACUCUCUGGCCAGUUGUACCACAACAACACCCUGCAGGAGGACCAGUUCAUGCCCGAUGAUGCCCAGAGUUUCUUUGUUGGCUCGGUCUGUGCCAGUCGUACUGAGGUCUACCAUGCCCUGAAGCACUUUAAAUACCAUCUGUUUGAGAAGUGUCGUACAGCAUUGGAAGCUCAGAAGGAAAUACAGGAAGGGGAAACAGGAGAGGACGACGAACCAGUUAAGGAGACAGUCAACAAGGUGUUUACCAAACUGCAGGAUGGAGGCUGGAUCAGUGAGAAAGUCAUAUACAUCAGGGAUAGUAUUAAGCAAUACGAGAAGUUUCAGGAACAUCUCAAUUCUGCCGAUUUCUUCCAGGAAGAAAAGCUGGACUGAAAGGAUUGAACUUUUCCUAACGUCAUCAAUCUGCCCUUUUAUUUUUGGCGUCUUAAAGCAUGGCUAACUUUUGAGUUGUUAAAGUGUGUGCCCUGAAGAUUUAGCAUUAUGAUUUCAUAAUUUUAUAGUCGCACUGCUAUGUAAAUUGCUUCUGCACGAUUGUACGCAAUAUUCAACAUAUAAAAACAAGCUGUAACCCAAAAUGUAACAGAUUUGUCCACAUCCUGAGGGUUAACGAAGAAAAUUCUGUAUUUUACCCUGAUCAUUGUGCUCUCAAAUAUUUGUAUGCUGUUUUUAUGCCUUCAUUUGUAAGUAAUCUCCUCAUAUGAACACUUCUGUGUAAAUGCAUCUAAGCCAUUUUACAGUGUUUUAGUGUUCUUGUAAUAAACAAGAUUCAUAAUCCA